AUGAAUGUGACGCCGACAAAUUCCGCUAACGACAGCCAAAUUGAUCAAAGAACGUCAACUAUUUCAAAUACAAAUUCUUUACCUCCGAUCUUUUCUCAUAACCAACAAUCUCAUAUUGGUAGCAUAAGGAUGAAUCAGCGUAGGACAAGAGAUACACUAAGCGAGAAUAAGGAAAGCAAUGGCAUUCCGUCUUCAACAAACGAUAGUGGACUCAAUAGUAGCAAUAGCAGUUCUAACCCACAAUGUCCAAGUGAUCAUACAGCUAUAGCAAGUGCGUCACUACCACAAUCGUCAUUAGUUUCUCCUUCUUCAAUGCCACAAGAAAACAGAGAAACAGCACAUGAUAUGUCUAAGAAAAGGAGUCGAGGUCGCCAAAAGAUCCCUAUCUGUCUUAUCGAGCGAAAAGAUAAAAGAAAUACUACAUUUAGCAAAAGGAAGAAGGGGCUCUUGAAAAAGGUAGAUGAAAUUUGCACGCUAACGGACUGUCAAGCACUUGUGAUAUUAGUCCCAACCACAAGCAAUGUUUAUACCUAUAGUACCCGCAACUUUCAAUCCAUGCUGCGUAUGGAGGAGGGACGGAAUUUGAUUCUUCAAUGUAUGAUAUCCAAUUGUGGCGUUGUUUCUCCUGAACGAAUGAGACCUGAGGGAUACCAUGAAAAAGAUAUUGGGAUGGCUAUUGCAGAUUACAGGUUGAAAAAGAACAAUGGAAUAAUGGAUCAAACUAUAGGAAGGCUGCCCAGGAAAAGAUCUGCUAAAACUGCCAAAUUAGCAGUGCCUCAGUCUGUACAAUUUGAUCCAUCCCGUAAUUCAUCUCAGAUUAAGCGUCAAAUCCAUCCAUCUGCAGUACAACAUGUAAUUCCACAUACAAUUAAAACUGAAACAUCGCCUAUUAACAACGAGAGCUUCAAUAUUCGUGGAAGUACAACAUCAGCUAAGAUGCGACAUCUUGGGAAUGUGUCAAAUGGUACUUUGAUCAAAGCGCAUAAUCCAGGUAUCGUUUAUAGAGGUAAUAACCCAUCCAAUCCAGUAAAUAUUCAUUCAUCAGGCAUUAUUGGUAAUAAUAUGAGCAGUCAAGGUAGUAAUUUACAACCGCAUAUGCGCUAUAUAGCAGAAAACGCAACAAUGAGGCGUGAUAGUGGUGCUCUUAGGCAUCCUUAUCAUUAUGGACCUAAUGAUCCGUUACUGAAGCCAAAUUAUCCUGUCUUGCAGCGAGGUUAUCCGGGUGAUCCACAAAGUGAAUAUCAUUAUCAAUCAGAUUCGCAAAGCGAUCGCCAAAGGAUGGCAUUUAAAUGCGAUGACAAUAGUAACACUACGGAUGAUAGUGACGACUAUAGUGAUAGCAGCGAUCGUAAAUGCUGA